CAACAUUCAUAAAAAAAAAUCCUCUCUUUUCUCUUUUUAUCACCCAUCCUUGGUUUCCACUUGAAAGAAAAAAUGGGUUCUUGUUCUAAUGUUGUUUCGAUGUCUUUAAUGGCUUGUUUGGUCAUGAACUCCUUGGUAUCCGUCGCCUACGGUGGCGACUUUUACCAGGAUUUCGACCUGACAUGGGGUGACAGAAGGGGCAAGAUUUUUAACGGCGGUAAGCUCUUGUCCUUGUCCUUGGACAGGGUUUCGGGGUCUGGUUUUCAGUCCAAGAAAGAGUAUUUGUUCGGGAGAAUCGACAUGCAGCUCAAGCUCGUCUCCGGCAACUCCGCUGGCACGGUCACGGCUUACUACUUGUCUUCUCAAGGGCCAACCCACGAUGAGAUCGACUUCGAAUUCUUGGGGAAUCUUAGUGGUGACCCCUACAUAUUGCACACAAAUGUGUACACACAAGGCAAAGGGAACAGAGAACAACAAUUUUAUCUAUGGUUUGACCCGUCAAGGAACUUCCACACCUAUUCCAUCAUUUGGAAGCCACAGCACAUCAUAUUCUUGGUGGACAACACUCCCAUCCGAGUGUUCAAAAACGCCGAGGCGAUCGGAGUGCCGUUCCCCAAGAGCCAGCCCAUGAGGAUCUACUCGAGCUUGUGGAACGCCGACGAUUGGGCCACGAGGGGCGGGUUGGUGAAGACCGAUUGGACGAAGGCACCCUUCACCGCAUACUACCGGAACUUCAAUGCCAACAAGGCUUGUGUUUGGUCGGGGACAGGUUCGUCUUGCGGCAAGACGAACUCGGUCUCCGACGGUGCUUGGGAAACGACCGAGCUCGAUGCCCCCGGGAGGCGGAGAUUGAGAUGGGUUCAAAAAUACUUCAUGAUUUACAACUAUUGCACCGAUUUGAAGCGUUUCCCUCAGGGUGUUCCGCCCGAGUGUAAACGGAGGGCCUAAAAGGAACUUUUGUCAUAUUCUUUUAUGUUUUCUUCUACGUGAUCAAGUUGAACUCAACUUGAUGCUUGGGGGUCGAAUAAGUUAUUAAUAUUCUUUGUUUUCAUCCAUCUUUUUUUUUCCUUUCAAUUUCUGGUUCUAAUUUAAUGAUUUUGUGGUGUUGAAAAUAGCUGUAAAUCCUCUGUUUCUGGUAAUAAAUUCUUCAUGCUUCGAAUAUCAAAA